AUGUCGGACUUCGAGGAAACCAUUCGUCGUCUUCAAUCCGAGAAAGGAGUGGUUGGAAUCAUUGUCGUCGAUUCAGCUGGACGAGUUAUUCAUUCAACAAUCGACAGUGACGCCACACAAUCCCAUACAGCUUUUCUCCAACAACUGUGUGAGAAAACAAAGACGUCGAUUCGUGAGCUCGAUUCGAGCAAUGAUCUCACAUUUCUGAGGCUUCGGACAAAGAAAAACGAGAUCAUGAUCGCUCCCGACAAGGACCACGUCAUCAUGGUUAUCAAGGACCUUUCCUGA